CUCAAAUUUUCAAAGAGGAGGGGUUUAUAGGGUUUAAAGCUGGCAUAAGAGCGCAUUCCCGGAUCUUCAAUCUUCACUGAAACCCCACUGCUUCAUUUCCCGCUAUAGUGGCCCUAAGGGAACGCACCUAUCUUUCCGCGUUCUUCUUCCAGCUUUAGGGUUUCACCGGCGACUGGCGAAAAAAUGGUGUCUCCGAAGCAGCUCCUAGGCACCAUCGAAUCAGCGCUUCUUGGCGCUUCGUCUCCGACGGCGGCGCAACGCGUAGAACUCUUGCACGCUCUUCGCACUUCCGUCAUCUCCUUCCAGUCCCUUCUCUCCUAUCCACCCCCAAAACCCUCUGAUCGAAGCCAAGUUCAGUCAAAGUCUGUCAGGCUGCCUAAUUCUUCUCCUAUUUCACUUGACGACCAGGAUGUGCACAUUGCGCUCAAGUUGAGUGAUGAUCUCCAUCUCAAUGAAGUAGAUUGUGUUCGUUUGCUUGUAUCAGCUAAUCAAGAGUGGGGAUUAAUGGGAAGGGAACCACUGGAAAUUUUACGGCUUGCGGCAGGACUCUGGUAUACAGAGAGAAGAGAUUUGAUAACAUCCCUCCAUUUGCUCUUAAGGGCUGUGGUGCUAGAUCAGGGACUGCAAGAUGAUAUAUUGGUAGACAUUCAGAAGUAUCUAGAAGAUCUUAUCAUUUCAGGACUUAGGCAGCGGUUAAUUUCUCUUAUCAAGGAACUCAAUAGAGAAGAACCUUCUGGUUUGGGUGGUCUUCAGUGUGAGCGCUUUAUUAUUGAUUCAAGAGGUUCUCUUGUGGAGAGGCAGGCAGUGGUCUCUAGAGAAAGACUUAUUCUUGGGCAUUGUCUUGUCCUUUCGAUUCUAGUUGUUCGGACAAGUCCAAAGGAUAUUAAAGAUAUUUUUUCUGUUUUGAAAGAUAAUGCUUCUGAAGUUAGUGAGAGCAAUACCAUUGUCAAACAUCAGAUUACCUUUUGUCUUCUCUUUGCCCUUGUGAUUGCGUUUGUUUCAGAUGGUUUGAGUACAGUGCCUGAUAAAGCAUCUGUCCUUUCUUCAAAUACUUCCUUCAAACACGAAUUUCAUGAGCUUGUAAUGGCUGCUGGAAAUGAUCCAAUUGUUGAGGGAUUUGUUGGUGGCGUAAGGCUUGCUUGGGCGGUAUAUUUAAUAUUAAUACAAGAUGGUGCUGUAACAAGAGAGACUAUUUCAAGUGGGUCAUCAAACGAACUGGGUUAUCUUAGUCAAUGCUUGGAAGUCAUUUUCUCAAAUAAUGUUUUUCAGUUUUUACUUGAUAAAGUUCUUCGUACUGCUGCUUACCAGACGGAGGAUGAAGAUAUGGUCUACAUGUACAAUGCUUAUCUGCACAAACUGAUUACCUGCUUUUUGUCUAACCCUCUAGCAAGAGACAAGAUAAAAGAAACGAAGGAGCGAUCUAUGAGUGUGCUUAGUACAUACCGAGUUGUUGGAUCUCAUGAUUUUGCACAAGACACUAAUUCAAGUUCUCUUCAUGGCCCUUUGCCAUUUAAUUCAAUCUUGGACUUUGUGAGCGAUAUUUAUCAGAAAGAACCAGAACUCUUGUCUGGCAAUGAUGUAUUGUGGACAUUUGCAAAUUUUGCUGGAGAGGACCAUACAAAUUUCCACACGCUUGUGGCAUUCUUGAAUAUGCUGAGCACCUUGGCUUGCAGUCAAGAAGGUGCUUCAAAGGUUUAUGAGUUGCUGCAAGGUAAAGCAUUUCGCUCAAUUGGAUGGAGCACUUUAUUUGAAUGCUUAACAAUUUAUGACGAGAAAUUCAAACAAUCUCUUCAAACUGCUGGAGCUAUGUGGCCUGAAAUUCAGGAGGGGGAUGCUAAAGCUCUUGUGGCAUACUUAAAUGUUCUGAAGAAGGUUGUAGAAAACGGGAAUCCAACAGAAAGGAGGACCUGGUUUCCUGAUAUUGAACCACUAUUUAAGCUUCUUAGUUACGAAAAUGUGCCUCCUUAUCUUAAGGGUGCUCUGAGGAAUGCAAUAACCGCUUUUAUUCAGGUUUCUCCAAUACUGAAAGACAGCAUCUGGACCUACCUUGAGCAAUAUGAUCUGCCAGUAGUUGUUGGGCCUGAUAUCCAGAAUAGUCCACAAUCUAUGGGUAGUCAGGUUUAUGACAUGCGAUUUGAAUUGAAUGAAAUUGAAGCAAGAAGAGAACAAUAUCCUUCAACAAUAUCUUUCCUUAAUUUGAUAAAUGCUCUUAUUGCAGAAGAAAGUGAUUUGUCCGACAGAGGGCGAAGAUUUAUUGGAAUCUUUAGGUUCAUCUAUGAUCAUGUUUUUGGGCCAUUUCCUCAAAGAGCCUAUGCGGAUCCUUGCGAAAAGUGGCAGUUGGUUGGUGCCUGCCUUAAACAUUUUCACAUGGUUUUGAGCAUGUAUGGCAUCAAGGAUGAGGACUAUGAGGGUGUAGUUGAUCAGUCGCGACUUACAGCAACUAAGGAAUCAUCACCACUUCAGACGCAGCUCCCAGUCCUAGAGUUGCUCAAAGAUUUCAUGAGUGGAAAAACUGCCUUUCGGAACAUAAUGAGUAUUCUUCUUCCAGGGGUGAAUUCUAUUAUUGCUGAACGCAGCAGUCAAUUAUAUGGGAAGCUUUUAGAGAAUGCAGUGCAGCUUUCCCUUGAAAUUAUAAUCCUUGUCUUUGAUAAGGAUUUACUUCUUUCUGAUUAUUGGCUUCCUCUAUACCAGCCAUUGGACAUUAUACUCUCCCAUGAUCAUAAUCAAAUAGUGGCCCUGUUGGAGUAUGUCAGAUAUGAUUUUCAGCCAAAAGUUCAGCAAUCCUCCAUCAAAAUCAUGAGUAUUUUAAGCUCCCGUAUGGUUGGGCUUGUUCAACUAUUGCUAAAAUGCAAUGCUUCAAACAGCUUGAUAGAAGAUUAUGCAGCGUGCCUUGAGUUACGGUCAGAAGAGUUUCAAAAUCUUGAAAAUAGCAGUGAUGAUCCAGGCAUUCUUAUUAUGCAACUUCUAAUUGACAAUAUCAGUCGGCCAGCUCCAAAUAUCACUCAUUUGCUACUUAAAUUUGAUCUAGAUACUCCAAUUGAACGAACAGUUUUACAGCCUAAAUUUUAUUACAGUUGCUUGAAGGUUAUUCUUGAUAUUCUGGAGGAGCUUUUGAAGCCUGAUGUUAAUGCAUUACUUCACGAGUUUUGUUUUCAGCUCCUUUAUGAAUUGUGUGUAGAUCCAGUAACAUGUGUACCAACAAUGGAUCUGUUGUCAAAUAAAAAGUACCAAUUCUUUGUUAAGCACCUUGAUACAAUUGGGGUAGCUCCGCUUCCUAAAAGGAAUAAUAAUCAGUCGCUUCGUAACAGUUCACUUCAUCAGAGAGCAUGGCUCUUGAAACUCUUAGCUGUUGAACUACACGCUGGUGAUGUUAGUAGCUCCAAUCAUAGAGAAGCAUGUCAGACAAUCCUCUCUUAUCUUUUUUCACAUGGUGUCAACGACGUUGGUGGGGGCCAGACCAUGUAUCCAUUUUUGCGUCAUGAUACUUCUCAAAAUGCUGCUCUAGGAACUGUCAGCAAGAGUAAGGUAUUUGAAUUGCUUGAAAUCAUCCAGUUUAGAUGUCCAGAUUCCACUUCUCAGCUCUCAGAGAUUGUGGGUGGAAUGAAAUAUGACUUGUCGGCGGAAGACAUACUUGGAAAUUCUGGAAAGGAUGGUGUGUACUAUUAUUCUGAGAGAGGUGAUCGGCUAAUUGACCUGGCCGCUUUCCACGACAAACUUUGGCAGAAAUACAAUUCAGCUUACUCCCAGGCAAGCAACAUUGGAAAUGAAGUUGAGCUAAAUAAUGUUCGUGAGACAAUUCAACAGUUGCUUAGAUGGGGUUGGAAAUACAAUAAAAAUCUUGAGGAACAAGCUGCACAACUUCAUAUGUUGACAGCCUGGUCUCAAAUUGUUGAGGUGUCUGCUUCUAGAAGAUUAAUAAUGAUCGAAGAUCGAACUGAAAUUCUUUUCCAGGUCCUUGACGCGUCUCUUAGUGCUUCUGCUUCUCAGGAUUGUUCAUUAAAGAUGGCAUUCAUACUGUCCCAGGUAGCAUUGACAUGCAUGGCUAAGCUGCGAGACGAAAGAUUUUUGUUCCCUGGUAGUCUUAGUUCUGAUAAUAUUACCUGCCUUGAUCUCAUUGUGGUGAAGCAAUUAUCCAAAGGUGCUUGUCUUACUAUAUUGUUUAAGCUUAUUAUGGCAAUUCUUAGAAAUGAAUCUUCUGAAGCUCUUAGGAGACGUCAAUAUGCUUUCCUUCUUAGCUAUUUCCAGUAUUGUCAAAAUGUGGUUGAUCCUGAUGUUCCAUCAACAGUUCUUCAAUUCUUGCUACUCAAUGAACAAGACAAUGAAUAUAUUGAUCUCCCAAAGAUUGACAAUGAACAAGCAGAACUGGCUCAUGCAAACUUUUCAACUUUGAGGAAAGAAGCUCAGAGCAUUUUGAAUUUGGUCAUAAAAGAUGCUACGCAUGGUAGUGAGCCUGGAAAGACAAUAUCACUUUAUGUUCUUGAUGCACUGAUUAGUAUAGAUCACGAGCGCUAUUUUUUGAGCCAACUUCAGAGCAGGGGAUUUUUAAGGUCUUGCUUUACAGCCAUAAGCAAUGUUUGCAAUCAGGAUGGCGGCAGUCUUUCACUGGACUCUUUACAGAGGGCAUGCACUUUUGAGGCUGAACUUGCUUUACUACUAAGAAUCAGCCACAAGUAUGGGAAGUCUGGAGCACAGGUACUGUUUUCCAUGGGCAUAUUGGAGCAUCUUUCAUCUGGCAAGGCAAUCAAUUUACAGGGAAGUUUAAGGUGGGUUGAGACAAGACAUAGAAGAGAUGUGACUGUGGAUGUUGAUAGACAACGGAUGAUUAUAACUCCAGUCAUGAGAUUAGUGUUUUCACUAACUUCCUUGGUUGAUACAUCUGACUUUUUGGAGGUGAAGAAUAAAAUUGUUCGUGAGGUAAUUGAUUUUGUCAAAGGACAUCAAUCACUCUUUGAUCAGGUUCUCCGUUUAGACAUUGCUGAAGCAGAUGAGCUAAGAAUGGAGCAGAUCAAUUUAGUUGUUGGUAUUCUUAGCAAGGUUUGGCCUUACGAAGAGAGUGACGGGUAUGGUUUUGUUCAAGGGCUUUUUGGUAUGAUGCGUGCUCUUUUCUCACAUGAUUCAAAGAUUCCUAGUUUUGCUCAAUCAAGAGUAUCGCCUGAGAAUCAGAGGAAUGCAGAACUACGGAUGUUUAAUUUGUGCUACAGCCUGAGCUCGUACUUAUAUUUUCUAGUCAUAAAGAAAUCCCUGAGAUUGCAGCCUUCAGAUGCCUCGUCCAGUUACCCUACUUCUGUUGAACUUCAACAACCUACAUUGAGCUUGCUCAAUUCCCUUCUUUCUUCUGUUACAACUGCUCUUGAAAGGGCAGCUGAGGAGAAAUCCGUAUUGCUGAAUAAGAUCCGAGACAUAAAUGAACUGUCAAGGCAGGAAGUGGAUGAAAUCAUCAAUAUGUGUGUCCGGCAGGACACUGUUUCUUCUUCAGAUAACAUACAGAAAAGGAGGUACAUUGCAAUGGUAGAAAUGUGUCGAGUUGUUGCUAAUAGGGAUCAGCUAAUCAUUUUGUUGCUCCCACUCUCCGAACAUAUACUAAAUAUCAUCCUUAUCCAUCUUCAAGAGAGUUCUGCUGCGCUUGAUUCAACCUUGACAAAAGCAAUUACAUAUGGUUCCAAGUAUGAUGCACAACAAGACGUUUCUUUGUUAUGUGGAAAGUUAGUCCCAACCCUUGAGCGACUUGAGUUGCUGGGUGAGGAUAAAGUAGGGCACAAUCUCAAAGUAUUCCGCAGACUAGCAACUUCUGCCAAAGAGCUUGCAAUUCAAAAAUUGAUUUAAAUGUUUUUAAAAAUUUGCUUCCCUUAAAUUAACUGCUUGGGCGCUGUAAAUUAUGUAAGUUCUAAGUAGUUUCACAGAAUUCAGUUCAAGCUGUAAGAAAACAACUUCACACUUUUUGUUGUGUAUAUGCUGAGAUUUUAGUUCUAUUUCUGAAUUAUUGUACUCAAGCAUGGAUGCAAUUU